AUGAAAAAGGGUCUUAAAAUCAACUUGAAGGGCCCUGUUGAUGCUCAAUAUUGCUGUCACAUUUUUUUAAACUUCCUGGAGACAGAUGUACUGACCUUGGACAAAGAAGUCAUGAAGAAGCAUCAGAACACGCUUCCAAAGGCCAGUCACUUUCUGCGCCAUGAAGAUCCCUGCAAGUUAACUCAUCUUGAUGUCAUGGGAAAACAAAAUGUCACAGAGUUUGUUUUCACAGGACUGUUUGAAAGUAAGAAAACAGAACUACUGCUCUUUUUCUUGUUCCUACUUUGCUACGUGGCAGUGUUAAUGGGAAAUGGCAUCAUCUUACUCACAAUCUGCUGCAGCCAUCUCCUGGAACAACCAAUGUACUACUUCCUCUGCCACCUGUCCCUCAUGGACCUCUGCUCUACUUCCGUUGUAGUUCCCCAGCUAAUCAGGAACUUGGCUGCCACAAGAAAAGACAUUUCCUACAACAACUGCAUGACGCAGCUCUUUACUUACCACUGGAUGGCAGGUGUGGAAAUAUUCAUCUUGGUGGGCAUGGCUUUUGAUCGUUAUGUGGCCAUUGUCAAGCCGCUGCAUUACAUGAUGAUCAUGAACCGGAAGAGGUGUCACAUGCUGAUCGCCAUGGCUUGGGGACUUGGUUUUUGGCAUUCUAUUGCUCUACUGGCCCUAGGCCUCAGUUUGCCUUUCUGUGGUCCUAAUGUAAUUGACUACUACAUGUGUGAUAUCAAGCCCCUUUUGAAACUAGCUUGCAAUGAUAUCCAUAUUUCUAGUAUCUUAGUGAUUGCUAAUUCGGGGACAGUAGCUCUUUCCAUAUUUUCUGUGCUCUUAGCUUCAUAUGUCCUCAUUCUAUAUAACCUCAGGACAAGAUCAUCAGCAGGGCGUCGCAAAGCUCUCUCCACCUGUAGCUCUCACAUGAUGGUUGUAUUUCUAUUUUUUGUCCCCUGUUCUUAUGUCUAUAUCCUACCUGCAGGUGCUAAAAAUAUGGAUAAGGAAAUCUCUGUGUUUUACACUGUGAUUGCCCCCAUGCUAAACCCUCUCAUCUAUACUCUGAGGAACAAGGAGAUGAAAAUUGCAAUGGGGAAGGUCUGGGGACGAAUGUCACAUUCAAGAUUAAAGUAA